UCUUUCGGCGGAUCUACUGUAUAAGCAACAGAAUGAAGGAGAGCAUUGAGGGAAUUGAGAGGUUCGUCAGUCCGGGAAAAGGGCGAGGACUCCGGGUCACCAAACCCUUCAAAGUUGGGGAGCUUCUCUUCGCUAGUCUUCCAUAUACUUACGUCCUGACUGCCAGCGAGAGAGGCUCUAACUGUGAAUUCUGCUUCACAAGGAAGGAGGGCUUGGCAAAAUGUGGGAAGUGCAAAAAAGCGUUGUAUUGCAAUGUGAAAUGUCAGAAAGGGGAUUGGGCCAUGCACAAGCUGGAGUGCGGGGCCAUGAUAGCGUACGGGGAGAAAUGGUGUCCAUCUGAGUCCGUCCGACUGGUGGCUAGGAUAAUCGCCAAACAGAAAGCCCAGAAAGAGAGGAGUACGUCAGAGGAGCUGCUGCUGAUUGGAGAGCUGGAAUCACACAUAGACGAUGUAGACAAUGAGAAGAGGGAGAUGAACGAGGGAGACAUAGCCAGCCUGCACCAGUUCUACUCCAAAAACCUGGACUUCCCCAGCAAAACAGCCCUCCUCACACUUUUCUCACAGGUCAAUUGUAAUGGCUUCACAGUGGAGGAUGAGGAGUUGUCGAAAAUGGGCUCAGCAGUCUACCCUGAUGUGGCCCUGGUAAACCACAGCUGCUGUCCAAACGUCAUAGUGACGUACAAGGGGAAUGUGGCCGAGGUCCGGGCUGUGCAGGACAUGACCCCUGGGGAAGAGGUGUUCACCAGCUACAUAGACCUCCUCUACCCUACAGCAGACAGAAACGAGAGGUUGAGAGACGCGUACUAUUUCACCUGCGACUGCAAAGAGUGUAAAACCAAAUCUAAAGACAAGUUGAAGCUGAAGGUGCGUAAGAGGAACAAGCCUCCAGGACCGGAGGAGAUCAGUAGCAUGAUGCGCUACGCUAGGAACACCAUCAAAGAGUUCCGUUCUGCCAAACAAAUAGCAGAAAAAUAUCUGAAAAAUAUCCUUCUCUCCAUGUAGCCUCUCAACCUAGGCUAAAAGCUGAUGGAGAUGUGCCAGCUGAGCCUGGACAAGAUGGGUGAGGUGUUUGAGGACUCCAACGUGUACAUGCUGCACAUGAUGUACCAGGCCAUGGGAGUGUGUCUCUACAUGGGGGAUUGGGACGAAGCCAUCCGUUAUGGAGAGAAGGUCCUCAAAUCCUACAGCAUACUGUACCCUCCCUACUCCAUGAAUGUGGCCUCCAUGUAUCUGAAGUUGGGCCGUCUGUACCUGGGCCUGGAGAGAAAGUUAUCGGGCAUCGACGCCCUGAAGAAGGCGAUGGCCAUAAUGGAGGUGGCUCAUGGAAAGGAUCAUCAGUAUCUGAUAGAGCUUCGUAAAGAGAUCGAGAUGCAGAAAUAAACAAAGUGACCUCACACACUGGGAAUAACAGAAAUGAAGUGACCUCACACACUGGGAAUAACAGAAAUGAAGUGACCUCACACACUGGGAAUAACAGAAAUGAAGUGACCUCACACACUGGGAAUAACAGAAAUGAAGUCUCUCUUUGUCUCUCUCUCACACACAAAGAGCUACAGUGUACGGCACUUUCCCUUCUCCUUGGUUUUAAAGCACAGUAGGAGGAGAAUGGUAAAGUCAUGGAGAUAUGAUCUAUUUAAUUAUGUGGUUAAAAUAUUUUAUACAUUUGAGGUCUUGACUACGAGUGCAGUUAUUAAAUAUGGAAUACCUUUGUACUGAGCAGAUCUUUGAUUCCUGUCAAACUUUUGUUAAUAUGUCUAAAUGUUUUCAUGGAUUGAGGUGCACUUGGGACAAUUCUCUCCCAAAUGCAUACUUGUUUUAUGAGAAUAGAUCAUCCAUAGAAUUGCCAUUAAAUAGACAUCUCAGCU